GCAGAUUGAGGUGGGUUGAUUCUGGGGCAGGAUUUAAAUUCUAGGAGGCAGCAGAAAUCAGAAGAAGUGGGAGAAAGGUUGAGAACCUCUGAAACAAGUUGGCCAAGUCUAACUGAGCUCCAAGUUAGUAAAUUUGAGGAAGACCAUCCUUCAGGUCCAGACUACUCCACAGGGAAUUUGGCAAAAUGAAGACUGCUGUAGUAUGCUGGAGCCUUUUCAGCAUUACCUUUGCUUUUCCAAUUGCUCAACCACCACCUGCUGGUGCUUUGAAGAAACUAGAAAUAGAGAAGGUGGGUUCUCAUCUAGUGAACAGUGAUGCCAAGGCACAAGGGGAAUUUUAUUCUUCCGAUGGAAAUGAUGACAAGGCACAGAAGGAGGAUCCUCAUCUCGUGAGCAGUGAUGCCAAGGCACGAGAGGGCGGUCUUUCUGACCAGGUUAAAGGUGAAGAAGCAACCAAAGAAGAAUCUUUUUCUUCCGAUGGAAGUGAUGACAAAGCACAGAAGGAAUUUUAUUCUUCCGAUGGAAAUGAUGACAAGGCACAGAAGGAGGAUCCUCAUCUCUUGAGCAGUGAUGCCAAGGCACGAGAGGGCGGUCUUUCUGAUCAGGUUAAAGGUGAAGAAGCAACCAAAGAAGAAACUUUUUCUUCCGAUGGAAGUGAUGACAAAGCACAGAAGGAAUUUUAUUCUUCCGAUGGAAAUGAUGACAAGGCACAGAAGGAGGGUUCUCAUUUCGUGAACAGUGAUGCCAAAGCACGAGCGGGCAGUCUUUCUGACCAGGUUAAAGGUGAAGAAGCAACCAAAGAAGAAACUUUUUCUUCUGAUGGAAGUGAUGACAAGGCACAGAAGGAUGCUGUGGAUGUUCCUGUUCAACAUGCAGAAGCCCAGAGUUCUGCAGAUCACCUUGAAUACAGACAACUGGAACGUCGGGCAUUUUCUACUCUGAACUCACAUUUCGUAGAGUCAAGAGACAGCAACAAUUAUGAAGAGGAUUUUAUUUCUCCAACUGCAAGUGAUGACAACAAUCAACAAGAGGAUCUUAUUUCACCAAAUGCAAGUGAUGACAACAAUCAACAAGAGAUAUCAUAUGCUUUGGAUGACAAUGACAAUGCCUUCAAAUUUGUGAAUGAGCGGGCCUUUGAUGAUGGUUAUGCAGGAAAUGACGCAGAGGUUGGCGCUGAAGCUGAAUUUGUUAAUGACAGCCUUGAGAAUGUCCUGGCUAGUGUGGAUACAGAAAAUCCAGACACUCCAACUCCAGUAGCCUAAUAAGAAGCUUGUGAUCAAUAAUCCCAUUGGGGGUUUUUUGGCACUGCCUGCUACUGAUAAUAAUUCUAUUUCCAAAUAAAGGAUGUUUGCAGUUAAACUUUGCAUACAAAUCACUUCUAUUCUUUUUCUGAGCCAAAAAGGCAGGCAAGAUGGUUUUGUAUCAAUAUUUAUUCUCUGCUCUAUGGAAGAUUGAUUUUAAUCUUAACUUUAUAAAAUACCAUGUAACAGGCUUGUUACACAAGCAAAUUAGAGCCUAUGAUAUCCACUAACCUUUCUGCUGCACUAAUGUAAACUUUUUGCUACAUAAUCUCCUAUUUGAUUUUUGGGACAUAUUAAUUAUGAAGCGGUAAAAAGAGAGGCACAUGUCUGUUUAUUUGUGGACUGAACACUAUUCCACUGUGCUGUAAUUAAACAAUUUUAAUACUGCAAAUAAAAUCUGUAAUGUAGGAAAA